AUGACUGACCAGGCUAAGUUAGCUGCAGAGGGUAUCCCUAAGUACGCCAAGUAUGUCAAGGACAUUGUAGCCAAAAAAAACAAGUUGGCUGAGUAUGAAACAGCAUCACUCACUAAGGACUGCAGUUCAAGAAUUAUAAAUAAAGUUAAGCUCCCAACAAAGCAGAAAGAUCCGGGGAGUUUCACGAAAUUGGGUUUUGGAAAUUCAAAGCCUACCACCAUUUUGUUGCAACUUACAGACCGCUCAGUAGCCAGACCGGAUGGGAUCAUCGAGGAUGUAUUAGUCCUGGUGGGAUCACUCAUUUUUCCUGUGGACUUUGUCAUCUUAGACUUUGAGCCAUAUCCAAAUGUCCCUUUCUUAUUAGGAUGGUCAUUCCUUGCAAUGGGAGGGGCAUUGAUAGAUGUAGCAGUAGGGGCAACUCACGAUGAGAGCUCAUGA